AGGCAGCAGCAGUGGUGGCUCUCUGACCUUGGGGACAGGUGCCUGGACCCCCCUGGCAGGACCAGUUGAAGGUCACUUUGGUGCGUCAUCAGAAAUUUGGGACCCUUUGAGUGCCUGGCAGUGACCAGCUCCCAGCAGCAUGGACAGCGAUGACACCAUCACUGAAGAGGUCUGCAGGGAGGACGACGUUGGGGAUGGACAGCUCCUGGAGGUGAUGGUGGCUGGCUACCCAGUGCUGCUGGUGAGGAACAGGAGGGAAUUCCGUGCUCUGGGCAGCAAAUGUCCCCACUACGGUGCCCCGCUGAGCAAAGGGGUCUUGAGAGGGGAGAGGCUGCGCUGCCCCUGGCACGGGGCCUGCUUUAACAUCAGGACUGGAGACAUUGAGGAAUACCCUGCUCUGGACUGUAUCUCCUGCUUUAAGGUAACAGUGGAAGAUGGAAAGGUGUUCAUUACAGCAAAAAAGAAGGACCUGGAAAGCAGCCUGAGGGUGAAGGACACAAGCAGGAGGUGCCUCCUCAACAGGAACACGAUGCUGCUGCUGGGGGGAGGUGUGGCUGCCCUGGUGUGUGCAGAGACUCUUCGCCAGGAGGGAUUCACUGGCAGGAUCAUCAUGGCCACCAAUGAGAAACACGUUCCCUACGACAAGUCCAAGCUGAGCAAGGACAUGAACUUGAAAGCUGAGGACGUCUACCUGAGGAAACCUGAAUUCCUCCAGGCUCGGGGCAUAGAGUUCUGGACAGAGAAAGAGGCAGCGUCGGUGGAUUUCCAGGAGCAGAAGGUUCAUUUCACGGAUGGGUCCUCUCAGAAGUACCACCAGCUGCUCAUUGCAACAGGCAGCCACCCGGGUUUCCUCAAAGUCCCAGGCGCAGACCUGCAGAACAUAUGCACGCUCCAAACCCCAGAAGAGUCCAGCAAGAUCUUGGAGCUGGCAACUGGGAAGAACCUGGUGAUUGUGGGAGCUUCAUUCAUAGGAAUGGAGGUGGCUGCCUUCCUCUCAGACAAGGCUGGAACCAUCUCAGUGGUGGAAAGAGAGGAGUUCCCUUUCCAGCACGCCCUGGGUCCUCAGGUUGGAGGCGUUGCCAUGAAGAUGCUGCAAAAUAAAGGGGUGAAGUUCCACAUGAAAACAGAGCUCUGUGAGCUGAGAGGAAAGGAUGGAAAGGUCACAGAGGCUGUUCUUGCCAACGGAGAGAAGCUCCCUGCAGAUGUGGUAGUGGUGGGAAUAGGGUCAGCCCCCAACUCAGCGUUCCUGAAGGGCACCUCCAUUGCCAGAGAUGACAAAGGUGCCAUCCUGGUGAAUCUGCACAUGCAAACCAACAUCCCCGACGUCUUCGCUGCGGGGGACGUGGUCACCUUCCCAGUAGCUCUGCUCGAUGGGGACAGGUCCAGCAUCCACCACCAACAAGUGGCUGAGGCCCACGGUCACUGUGCUGCUUUGAACAUGCUGAGGAGAGGGAAGGAGCUGCACACUGUUCCUUACUUCUGGACCACGUUGCUUGGGAAAAGCAUCCGCUAUGCAGGUAGGAAAGGGCAGAGAGGGGAACAGAGGAAUUCCAUCCCACCAGCUGGGUCUGGGGUUGCAAACACACUGUGGUUGCAGAGGUCACCUGAAGCAGCUCAAGCUCUGGACUGGCUGCCAUGGCUGUGGGAAGGGAUACACGGACACUGUUGUGAAGGGCAGCCUGGAGCAACAGAAAUUCCUGAUCUUUUACAUCAGGUGAGUGAAUCCAUGGCCAGCCCAUGCCCUGGAAACAGGGCACAGUCCUCUCUCUUACAGCUGCAGAGAUCCCACAUCUCCUGGCUGUGCACUAAAGGCAGCUGCUGGGUGCUGAAGCAGAGAAAACCCAAAGCAGGGCAGGGAAGGAGAAGAGAAUGAACUCAAAUGAUGACACCAGCUGGGCAGAGAGCCUGGGACACAUCUCUGCCUCUGCCCCACUGCUCCCAGGCUCAGUGCCCAGCUCCCAGCAGUGCCAGGCAAUCUGCCACGAGUCCCUGUGCAUCCUGCAGCACCAGCCACCCUGCCCUGAGCCCUCUGAAACACAGCUGCUCCCUGGCCACUGUGCCACGGGGAUGCUGCUGUGCUGAGCUGUGUACCCUGAGGAGAUCCACAUUCUUCCUCUUUCCA